AUGGCGGAUUCUUCUUUGGUACCAGGUCUUCUGGCAACCUGGCACAGCUUUCGCAUUCCUAUCAUCGUCUCUCUAGCAGUAUUCUUUCUAUUCGUACGAUUUACCAGUUCUAAGCGAUCAAAAAGCUCAUUAUCCUCGUCACCUCCUCCGUCGCCGCGUCUUGAAUCUGCCAUUCUCAAGGAAAAACCAGUCGCUCCCAUACCCGAACAAAAGUCUGUCACAGCGCUCAAGCCGGCUCCAAAACCUCUCGCAUCCGGCCCGAAGAGAGUCGUGGGCAAUAAAGAUCGCCGUGUAGGGAAGAACUCGCAGAAAUCUGAUGGAAUCGGUGGUCCAUCAUACAUCAAACCCGUCAUAUUCUUCGCUUCAUUGACCGCAUCCACCCAGACUCAUGCACAAUGGCUAUUGGAACAAUUGCGCACAGCAGCGCAAGAGAAAUCACCCGGAAACGACAACGAAUGGGGUCUACUUCCUCCAGAACUGUACGACUUGGCCGAGGUUGACUUUGAUGACCACUUCAUUACCGCUCCCAAGGCCCCAGUCAACUCUCCAAACACCAGAUACGUCUAUUGUUUCUUGAUACCAACCUACAAUAUUGAUACCAUCAUCGAUACAUUCAUCGCCCAUUUGGAUGAAACUCACAACGACUUCCGUAUUGAUACUGCGCCGCUGUCGAGUCUAGCUGGAUACUCCGUGUUCGGGUUUGGUGAUAAGGAGGGUUGGCCAACGGAGGAAGAUGGGUUCUGUUCACAAGCGAAGGAAAUCGACCGCUGGAUGGCGAAGCUUACCGGAAAGAAGCGCGCAUACCCUCUCGGCAUGGGUGAUACAAAAACUGAUGCAAUAAACGCCUUGAAAGAUUGGACGAGCGGGUUGGUCGAGAUUCUGCUCGAAGUAGCACAGACUGGAGGUUUGGGCGAAGGUGUGGCCGGUAGCGGUGACCCAUUCGAGAGUGACGAGGAGUCAGCGGCUGAAGAUGAAGACCAACCAUCCAGCAAGAAAACACAGACCGUAGUCGACUUGGAGGACAUUAAUUUCGGAGGCAGUGCAAAGAAAGGCAAAGGUGAUCCCAUACCGGUUGAUUUUACAACCGUAUCCAAAGUUCAGACAAGUCAGGCAGCAUUAAAGGAAAUGGUGCCGUCGACUUCACCAACUUACGCAUCUCUCACGAAACAAGGCUACACAAUUGUGGGGUCUCACUCUGGAGUCAAAAUCUGCCGUUGGACUAAAUCAGCACUCCGAGGACGAGGGUCAUGCUACAAGUAUUCCUUUUAUGGUAUCAAGUCACACCUCUGCAUGGAAACUACACCCUCAUUGUCAUGCAGCAAUAAAUGUGUCUUUUGCUGGCGCCAUGGCACGAACCCUGUAGGAACAACGUGGCGAUGGAAAGUGGACCCUCCGGAAAUGAUUUUCAACGGAGUCAAAGAAGGCCAUUACAAGAAGAUCAAAAUGCUGAAGGGCAUUCCUGGCGUCCGAGCUGAGCGGUUUGCGGAGGCUAUGCGGAUUCGACACUGCGCUUUGAGCUUAGUCGGAGAACCAAUCUUCUAUCCCCAUAUCAAUGAAUUCCUCGGUAUGCUUCAUAAUGAGCAGAUAUCGAGUUUCUUGGUAUGCAACGCGCAACAUCCAGACCAAUUGGCAACUCUCGAUCGUGUAACCCAACUGUACGUGUCCAUUGACGCGAGCAACCGUGAAAGUCUGCGAAGAAUCGAUCGUCCUCUGCACCGUGAUUUCUGGGAGCGGUUCCAACGCUGUCUCGACAUUCUUCGCGAGAAACGACAUUUCCAACGUACUGUUUUCCGCCUGACACUUGUCAAGGGCUUCAAUAUUGACGACGAGGUCAAGGAAUACGCCGAUCUUGUUGAGAAAGGAUUGCCGUGUUUCAUCGAAGUCAAGGGCGUCACAUACUGCGGAACAAGCUCAAGCGCAGGAGUAGGCCUCACAAUGAAGAACGUACCAUUCUACGAGGAGGUCGUUGCGUUUGUCGUCGCAUUAAACGAUGAACUCGAACGACGAGGCCUGGGGUACGGAAUUGGAGCCGAGCACGCGCAUAGUUGCUGCAUUUUACUCGCCUCUGAUAGGUUCAAAGUGGACGGAAGAUGGCAUACAAGAAUUAAUUACGAUCGAUUCUUUGAACUGCUAGAGAAAGAGAAGACGGAAGGUAUCUCCUUCCGCCCAGAGGAUUAUAUGAGAGAAACUGAAGAAUGGGCCCUUUGGGGUAAUGGAGGAUUUGAUCCUAAUGAUCAGCGCGUUCGAAAAGUUCGAAAUAAGAAACUGAAGAACGACCAGACCGCUGAACAGAAUAUGACUUUUUAA